AUGACUAUCUUCUUCUUCUUCUUUUUCUUUUUCUUUCUCUUUCUAUUAGUCCCUUGUACUGCUCAGAUCUCUUUCAACUUCACAAGUUUCAAUCGAGACAUUAACCACAUCAACUUUGUCAGCGGUCAACAAAUAUUCAACCCCACGUUCAACUCAUUGCCGACCAAUCAAUUCGUGGCAGUGGAGUUCGACACAUUUAUCAACAAUCAAUGGGAUCCACCAUUUGAGCAUGUAGGUAUCAACAUUAACUCCUUGGUAUCUGUGCAAAAUGUGACAUGGCGGUGUCAAAUUCCCUCUGGAAAAAUGAAUCACGCCUCGAUUCGUUACGAUUCUAAUUCGAGAAAUUUGAGUGUUGCAUUCACCAGUUUUCCUGAUGAAAACACCACAAUCAUGCAAGAGCUUUAUCAUAUAGUUGAUCUACGCAAGUAUUUGCCAGAGUGGAUUACUUUCGGCUUCUCUGCCGCAACAGGAACAAUAGUCGAGACGCACACUCUUCACUCUUGGAGCUUCAAUUCUAAUAUACAAAUUGAUCCAAAUUGGGAGCCAGUGCCAGCAUUUGCCAACCAAAAUCAAAAAAUAAUAAACAAGAGGUGGGUACUAGUGGGAUCUAUAGGAGGUGUUUGUGUUCUAAUCGGUGGGUUAGGCUUCCUUUGGUUUUGCUUGAAGAAGAAGAAAAAGAAUAGGGUUGAAAAUAAAUACAAGGCUUUGUAUGAGCUUCUUGAAGCCGAAACAGGACCUAAGAAGUUUUCAUACCAAGAAUUGGCCAUUGCAACAAGAUACUUUGUGGAGGAAGAGAAGCUCGGACAGGGCGGAUUUGGUGGAGUUUAUAGAGGUUUCUUGAAAGAAUUGAAUUCAUAUGUUGCUGUCAAAAGGGUGUCAAAGGAGUCUAAACAGGGUAUUAAAGAGUAUGAUUCGGAAGUGAAGAUCAUUAACCGAUUGAGGCAUAGAAAUUUGGUGCAACUUCUCGGUUGGUGCCACGAAGAAAGAGAACUCUUACUUGUGUAUGAGUUUAUGCCCAAUGGCAGCUUGGAUUCUCAUCUGUUCAAAGACAACACCUUCUUGACAUGGCUGACAAGGUACAAUAUCACUAAAGGAUUGGCCGCUACAUUGUUUUACUUACACGAAGAAUGGGAACAGUGUGUGUUGCACAGAGAUAUUAAAUCAAGCAACAUUAUGUUGGAUUCAAAAUUCAAUGCUAAACUUGGGGAUUUUGGGUUAGCCAGGCUUGUUGACCAUGGGAGAGUGUCACAAACCACAGUCUUGGCCGGGACAAUGGGCUACAUGGCUCCUGAGUGCCUCGUGACAAGCAAGUCUAGCAAAGAAUCAGACGUCUACAACUUUGGCAUUGUUGCUUUGGAAAUUGCUAGUGGAAGAAAGCCCAUUGACCUCAUGGCUGAAGAAGGUCAUAUGAGGCUGGUGGAGUGGGUUUGGGAGCUCUAUGGAAGAGGAAACCUUCUUGAAGCAACGGAUGCGAAACUGGGAGAUUUUGAUGAGGAACAGAUGGAAUGCUUGUUGUUUGUUGGGCUUUGGUGUGCUCAUCCAGAUUACAACCUCAGGCCUUCAAUAAAGCAAGCAAUUCAAGUUCUUGACUUUGAGGCUCCUUUGCCUAGCCUUCCACCAAACAUGCCUGUGCCAACUUACUCAGCUCCUGAAAGACACGAGACGCAAUUCUCCAGCUCUAGUUGCUACACCAUCUCCUCCAACCAUCCCUAGUU